UAUAUUUUCAUUCUAAAUUCACAAUAAAUUUACUCGAUAAUUAAAAAGAAAAAAAAAAAAAAAAUUACUCCAAUUUAAACCAUGAUAUUGAUGCAAUAAAAAGUUUCUCUUUUUUUUUUUUUUGUAUGGUGAAAAUAAAAAUGAAAAAGAUUGUAUAACAACAUGAAAUUCACAUGAACAUAAUGAAACUAAAAAUUGACAAAGUAACGGUUUCGAUUGAGAAUUUUUUUUAAAAUUUCCUUUCAGAACUAUCGUCCAAUGUACAGUCACCCAGUACACUUUGCCGGUCAGUCAUCACAAACUUACCUGUGCGGUAACAAGUCCACGGAACAAAGAGCCUCAGUAACAUUAAUCCAUGAAGCAAUGGCGGAAUACUGCGAAUACAUGUGGAAUCCUACUCGAGGACUAUCAACAGAGCUUGCAAGAAACAUCUAUCCUGAUGUAUCAAAAAUGAAAACAAAAGAUAAAAAAUUAGCUGUUAAAACUGUUCGUGCUAUACUUCGAAGUAUGCCAAAUGUAGAUUUAUCAAAAUGCACAGAUGAAUACAUAACACGUUUUCUCUUCUCGAGAAAAUACCAUGCUGAUAAAACAGCUGCAUUGAUUGGAGCUUAUCAAGCUCAAAUUGCAAAUCGUCCAGAUAUAUUUGAAAAUUUAACAGCCAGAGAUCCAGCAAUUCAACGAGCACUUAGAGCUGGAAUUCCUGGAGUUCUUCCAGCUCGAGACAAAAAAGGCAGAUGUGUUCUCAUAAUAUUAGCAUCACAAUGGGAUCCAAUAGCAGUGCCUGCAAUUUCUGUAUUGCGUGCAAUAUUUUUAGUUCUUGAAAUAUUAAUACAAGAUCAACGUAAUCAGCAAUUUGGAUUUGUGGCAGUUGUUGAUUGGAGUGAUUUUUCAUUGCGUCAAGGUGGAGCACUAGGUGCAACAGCAGUUAAAAAUUUAAUUGUUGCAUUACGUGGAAGAUUUCCAGCAAGAUUUAAAGCAAUUCAUUUUCUAUCAACACCAUUGUAUGUUCAAGCAACAUUAACACUAAUUAAGCCUUUUCUUGACGAGAAAACACGACGAAAGAUUUAUCUACAUGGAAAUAAUAUGAGCACGCUUCAUGAGCACCUUCCAACUGAUAUUCUAUCAGCUGAACUUGGUGGUACUGGUCCUGCUUUUAAUCCGGGUUUUUGGGCUGAGCCAGUUAUUCAUUCAGCCAUGCGAGAAGCCGAGUUGGCUGCUAUCGAAAAAGAACAGACAAAUCAAAGCCCAAAAAAAGAAUCAAGUCAUAAUGAACAAGAAAAUUCAACGACUGAAUUUUUUGAUAAAUAAAUCUA